CACUUUACCAGACGUGCUGCCUGUAGUUUUCAAGUGCAAAUUGUUUGGUGUUUUAUGCAAAUCCAAUGAGAACAACUUUCAUGCUUUGGACAAAAUGGCGCUUAAGGCAAUAAUUGUUAUAUUCAUAUUGACAAUAACCUGUCAAACAGUAUUAGCGUCGACUGGAACCCAUUGGAGCUAUGGUGUCAAUAAUGCAGGACCGAAAAAAUGGCCGGAACUAUUUCCAAACAUGUGCGCAGGAAUGUAUCAAUCUCCAAUCAACAUUCAACCCUCAGACACCGUGUAUAACCAGCGGUUAACAAAUUUCGGAUUCUUUUACUCGCCAGCAGAGAGAGCAAAUUGUAUUGCCCAUAAUAAUGGACAUUCAAUUCAAGUGGAUAUAGAAGGCCAGUCCCUUCUCGCAUACGGCGGUCUACAAUACAGAUACAGAAUUAGCCAGAUUCAUUUCCACUGGGGAAGUUCCGAUGACAAAGGAUCAGAACAUAAGAUUAAUGAGGAAGCUGCCCCGAUGGAGAUGCACAUUGUAAGCUGGAACGUGGGUAAGUACAGUAGUAUGGCAGAGGCAGUCACGAAACCAGAUGGGCUAGCAGUUUUAGGGAUACUAUUCAGGGUUUCAUAUUAUGAUAACCCACUACUAGAACCACUUGUACAGGUCAUUCCAAGCAUUAGGAACCCGGAAUGGAACAGCAAGGCAGAAAUCCCCUUUGUUUCAGCGAGUGCACUUUUGCCGAAUAGUCCAGAAAAAUACUACAGAUACCAUGGAUCACUGACCACCCCACGAUGUUACGAGAGUGUUACCUGGACCGUGUUUAAGGAAAGACAAACAAUAUCAGAAAAACAGUUGAACGUUUUCCGUCAGACAUUGGUGCCACAUACGACUAAAGCAGAACCAAUACCUCAUUCACCAGAAUCCAUCGGUAGAAUCAAUGGUGAAGGACUGGAACCCUUAGUGAAUAAUUUCAGACCAGUACAGCCUUUGAACGGAAGAUUAAUCCAAAGAAGUUACCAGAUUUUAGACGUGGUGUAAAUCGACACACGGAACAUCUGUCUUACAUGAUUCAUUCACGAUACCUGUUCGUGUUAUACAAAAUACAGUGUCGAGCAUUUGAUCAGUCACUUUGUUUUUCAUUAUUCUUGGUUUUCAGAGUAUGGACUUUUUUCAAUCUAUUCGUUAUUGUCGUCCGAACGUAAUAAUGAUCACAAGAGACUGACGUGCGUUUGUUGCUGUUGUUGUUGUUGUUUUCAUCAGUGCUGAGAAGACGUGUGUUAUUUGCGACCUGAAAGAGGAAUGUAUAACAGCAACAUUGAGUGAAAAGGGGUGUAAUAGUUAAUUUCUGCAGCCAAGAAUAAAGGCGAACAAAUGUAUGUUACAUCAGGGAACAUUUCCACUGUGAGUGUAGAAUAAAUACUGCUACCCGAAUCUACUUCGAGUACCUCUACAAAGGAUAUCUAUAACGUAGCUAAACGAACACGUUCAUCUGCCUUUUCUUUUUACAUCAUAUGUCUAUUCUGUGGUACCGAUGCCAAACAAAAUGACAAUUUAAAGGCAUUUGAUGUUUUUGUUUUUCUAGUUAAGACUUUAGUAUUGCAGUCAACAAUAAAGGAUCUUUGUAAAAGCAGAAAUGAUAGAUUGAGAAAAAAAGUUUCUUGUAGACUUGAGUCCGUACAUGAUCUAGCUGCAGUUAGUGCAAGAUACAAUCAAAAGUGUAGCACAAAUUUCAGAACAGGAUGUCAAGUUCCGAUUCAACAUCAGACACCUAAAAUAAUGUAAAACGUAGAAAAGCUAGACCAACAAAGGUAUCAUCUGAAGAGCGUAUUUUUUAAAACCAUGGAAUAUUUUGAAACACCGAAAGUGAACAAGUAACUGUGUCAGAUGUAGUAAAAAUGUCUAAAUUGUGUAAAGAUAAGUCUUACGCUACUGUUUAUAUAAAGAAAAUAAUUAUUAAAUAUUUUGGGGAUGUCA